CCAACCUUGACCUUUUCCACUCUCCAUUUCUCAUCAUCUGUAAUAAACUAUCCUGACCUGACCAGGGAGGAAAAGAGAGAAAGUAAAGACAAGCAAGCCCCCUGCGCGCAUUGCAACUGCUGCACCUGGCUGGUUCUGCUCUGGUUUUCUCCAUUUCCCACCCCAAUUUCCUCUUCAUUCAGCUCCAUCUUAAAGGCAAUCAUUUCGCUUGCGCGCCCAGCAGCCCAAGUCUUUUUCAGCCUCCGAUCCGCUUUCGCCUUACCUACUGUACGGAUACCACUGGGCUCUCUCCUCCGCCCGUCCUCCGUCUUUCCUCGUUCACACCGAGCGAGCUCCAUCCCCGACCGACGCAAUCCCCCGAUCAGGUUUCCUGACUUCUGCGGCCGUCUCGACGAUUGGGACAAUUCAUUCAUUCCUUCGUUCACUUCCGCGACCCUUUUGGUCGAUUUUACAGCUUCGCUUCAUAAUCGAUUCUCGGUGCCGUUUGACUUCCAGCCUCCCCUGCCUCGGUCCAAACGCGCCGUAAUUUCCCACCGUCGCCCUUUUCCUCUUCGCCUGUAUACCCCGUCGACUGUUUCACACUCGCCGCUCCGAACUGCUUCGUUUCUUGUCGCGAUUUAGGCCUCGAUAGGCCAUAUUUGAAAGAGUUAGGGGUUAUAGAAUAAGCUGGUUUUGCUUGGCCGUGGUCAACGACGUGAGUUACCUAUCAUUCUUCGCGCGCCUGCACAAGACCUUGCGCGAUCGAUGGGACAGUACGACUUCAGCAGGAAUCUGUUUUCAAAUUCGUUGCGCGGAGGGAGCAGUUGUGCUGGAACGAGUUGUUUGCUGCAUCAGACACAGGAACCCGUUUCUCUGCACUCCCGAUCCAUUAAUAGUCUCUAUUCACAACGACCUGCUUCACGAUCCUUUACAACAAGUUACAAAGAAACACCAGCUGACAAUUUCACAGAAUAAUAGCAAACAUGUCAGACAAGCUACAAUCAAACCCGAACGACGAAAUUCAGCCCCAGGCGAACUCUGCCGAUGCUGAGAUGUCUAACAAGGUUCAAUUAUCUUCAGAAGGGGGAGCGAGCUCCAAGAAAGGUCGUGGUCUCCUUAAGGUCCCAUCAAGAUCAUCAUCACAGCGGAACCAAUCGUCACCAACAUCUACGGGGUUGAGUGGGGCUACAGUCAGCGACCCCCGGAACAGCAUCGGCAGUCGAUCGAAAGACUCCAAAGGUAGCCUCCGUGCGCGACGACGGAACGGAAGCACUUCAAGCAACAGGACAGGCGGCGAGACUGAACCCACAAACACUGCUGCAAACACUCAGCCAAACUCUCCUGUCGCCCCCGCCCAGAAGAAGAAGAGCCGUGGUGGCCUGUUGGCUUUUCUUGGAUGUUGUGGUACCCCCGAGGGCCCAGCUGGAAACGAGGAUAACAACGAAAACGUGCACAAGCUUGACGUCCUACCUCCGCGCCCAACUUCCGCAAGGUCACGAACCAACACUCCCCAGGAACAGCCCAGACCAGCCUCCCAGAGAGAACCUCAAGCAACCGUAUCCGCACCGGAGCCAAAGGACGAGGCUACCUCGUCAGGCUCAGCCAACAACGAAACCACAGCGACAGAGCAAGCCAACAGGGAAUCGAAGCAAUCGAUUCCUCCUGCAGUGACAGUGGAGCCCCCCAAGCCGACACCCACAGAAGAGGAGCCAAAGGUCGCAGACAAGACGGGUAAUGACGGUGAUGUGAACAUGCAAGAUGCUGCCACUGAAGAGCCAGAAGAGGCACCAUUGGCCCCUGCAGUCGAAGCCCCAGCUCAAAGGACGAUACCACCUCCUCCCCCACCCCCAGGUCCUGGUCCGGCUGUCGUGGCACCCAGCCAAUUCACAGACGCUGGCCCAUCAGCACCCGAGCCUCAGAAGUGGUUAUUGCCCCCCAUUGCCCCGGAGCACAAGGGUCGAAAGUGUCUUGUUCUCGACCUUGACGAAACUCUUGUCCACAGUUCUUUCAAGAUCUUACAUCAGGCCGAUUUCACAAUCCCUGUCGAGAUUGAGGGCAACUACCACAAUGUCUACGUGAUCAAGCGACCCGGCGUCGACGAAUUCAUGAAGCGAGUCGGUGAGCUCUACGAAGUUGUUGUCUUUACAGCAUCUGUUUCUAAGUAUGGAGAUCCGUUAUUGGACCAGCUCGACAUUCACAAGGUCGUUCAUCAUAGACUAUUCCGUGAGAGUUGCUACAACCAUCAAGGAAACUAUGUCAAGGACCUGUCCCAAGUUGGACGUGACCUGAAGGAUACCAUCAUCAUUGAUAAUUCGCCCACCUCAUACAUCUUCCACCCACAGCACGCCGUCCCCAUCAGCAGUUGGUUCUCUGAUGCGCACGACAACGAGCUAUUAGACCUGAUACCCGUUCUCGAAGACUUGGCAGGGCCCAACGUGGCCGAUGUCAGCCUUGUCCUCGACGUCACUCUCUGAAGCAUGAACCUUUCAUAAAACAACUUUUUUUACUUUGUCAAAAACACUUUUCAACGAUUCGAACUACAACCCUUGAUCUGCAGAGUUGCCAUCAUAGCGGAAGGCGUUUGGUUGAGAGCUUUCGUUUCCUGGUGUAGAUGUACUAUUGUCUAAUCAUACAUAAUUGAGCGGGUGGCACGAAACGAAACGAAACGGACCUUACCAUUACGCUCCAACUUCCUUUUAUACAAAAGAUACCUGGCGGUCUUUGGUCGGCAUCAGCACAGAGGCCUCUUGCAGCAGGCUUUGCCAUUACAUCUCACAGAUUCGAAGCACAAAAGAUGGAUCAGCAUCAGGAGAGGCAACGGGACACAUAUCAGGGGCUCUUCAUCUCUAGGGACGGAGAGGAAUGACGGGUAGGAUGUCGUGUGCAGUAUACGCUGGGCCAAAGCAACAGGCAGUCUCACAAGAAGAGCCAAAAACCUGUCUUACCAUCUCCUGGGGAUGAUAGAGCUGGAGGAGGAUAUGGGCAAGUGGAGUGUAUGGAUGACGCGCCAGCGAUGCGCGGAAUGUUUUUUGUUAUCUUGAUUCCCUUUGUCUUAUGGUUUCUGUCUUUGCUACCGCUUCUUAUUCUUCAUCUUGUCGUUGUUGUUUAUUUUUUUUUGAUUAUACACCACCCCCUGAUACAUUCAUAUCGAGUCUGCUAGCGGACUCGGAAGCGAGCAAGAGAGCGUUUGUCGUUGAUAUCCAAUCCGCCUGACUAAAUGAUAGGAUCAACAGGUGUAGAGGCUACAGCCAUCUCUCCCAUACAUAGUCUCACUAAAUUGUAAAAUUUCUUAACAACAAAAAAAUGAUGGUGUUUUUUUUUUGAAUUGGAUAAAUCACAU